UCACUCUAAUAAUAAUGAAAUAUUAAAUACAAUUUCAGAUAUAUGGAUGGAAACCAGAGCCGUACGAUCCAGAAGAUUUGCCUAAAGACAUGCCCGAACACAUCAGAGACGGUUAUGACGGUCGUUACGUUUAUAUUAGUUGCCAAGGAGAGAAUCCGGCAGACAAGGAGAACAUCGGGCCACUGACUUAUUAUCCUGCUAAGGGUACCAUUCCCAGGUACUACUUCCCGUUCCGCAACUUAGAGGGUUAUCUUUCUCCUUUCGUGUUCGUUCAUUUCGAAAAGCCGGUUCCGGGCGUUUUGAUUAACAUCGAAUGCAAAGCGUGGGCCAAGAAUAUUCGUCACGAUCGUAUGGAAAGAAUGGGUAGCGUCCACUUCGAAUUAUUAGUAGAUUAAUUUCUUUUUUUCUCUUUCUCGCUACUACUAUUUUUCUUUCCGCGCCUAUUCCCGUCUGUAUUUUCCAAUCGUUGGCAUUCCUGGUUUCCCGCCGCGCCGCCGCCUUAAAGUUUUAGUUGGUUUUUUGCUACGUAGCGUACUACACCGUACUCCAGCUUUGUGUGUUCACGCAGUUUUUAUAUCGUCAUAGUAUUAAUAUUUUUUAACAUUAGUGAAUGUGAUUUAACGGACAUUCCUGCAUUCCGGGUAAGCACGCAAAAUCUGCAUAGGUAUAUAUAAAUGUGUAUAUAGAUAUAUAUAGUAAAUAUAUUAUAUAUAUACAUAUAUAUAUUUAUAUAUUUUCCUGCCACGAAGUUCGACGAGAAACGAUCUGUCUCGUAAGGUUAGCAGCAUUCAUUCCAGUUUUUUUUUUUUUUUUUUAAAUUAGAAAAAUCGAAUUAUUUGUCGCUAUUUAGGGAGGAAGAUUUUUAAUCGAGCGGGGCAGAUUUGUUUCGACUGGAACUAUCAUCCCGGCGAGACGAAAAUAGUAAACAUACACGUACGGGACGUGCGGUAUAUAUACGUAUACGCGUACGCCCAAUACAUCACAUUACAAAGGCGUUCGAUUUAUUCCCACUAGAAGCAGAAACAGUCGAAAUCUCGUGUACCGAAGACCGACGUCGCCGGCUUUUUCCACCCUCCCGAAAGGUGCGUCCACAUUGGGGAAUACGUGGGUGGGCGGCGGUACGAAGGGGGUUCGAGACCCAGGUAACGACAUCUACGCUAGAUAUUUUCCGCCCAAUGGGUUAGACGGGAAAGCCAGACCAGCGUAACGCGCGGAAGGAGCGUGUUCUUGGGGUGCGAAAGAAAACGUCAAGGAGGGAAUCGGGCGUCCGGCGGCGGAAGUGGUCGAUACACGACGCGUUAAAAAAAAAACAGUAGAUUUAAACCAAAGGAAAACAAGUUAGAAAGCAUUUAAAUGCCAAAA